AUGGCUAGUUCCCACAACUUCGUCUCCAUUGCUCAUCUCUUUAUGUUUUUCUUCUUCCUCUUUCUGUUGGGACCUCCUUGUUUGGAAUUUAUUAAACACGCUUCAUGCACCGAAAGCCUUACUAUCAAAUGCUUUGAGAAGGAGAGGAAUGCACUUCUUGCCUUCAAAGAAAGUCUAACAGAUCCAUCAGGUCGGCUCUCUUCUUGGGUUGGUGAAAAUUGCUGUACAUGGAUAGGUGUUGGUUGUGACAACAGAACAAGACAUGUCGUCAAGCUUGACCUAAAAAAUCCAGUUGAUCCGGUCUUUGACACAAAAACAAAUGAAGUUAGUAAAGCUUUCAAGAAAUCAUGCUUGGGGGGUAAGAUAAGCACUUCUUUACUCGAUUUAAAACUGUUGAGUUACCUAGACCUAAGCCUGAAUAAUUUUAAUGGAAGCAAUAUUCCAACUUUUUUGGGUUCCCUUGAAAGUUUGAGGUAUCUUAAUCUCUCGUUCUCAACUUUUGGUGGAGUUAUUACUCCCCAUCUUGGUAAUCUAUCACGGCUCCAAUGUCUGGACCUUAAUUCACGUUCAUUCUUUGGCACCUUUUCGGGACUGGAAGUCGAAAGCCUACACUGGCUUGCUGGUUUUCCUUCCCUUAAGUACCUUAGCAUGAGUGUGGUAAACCUCUAUAAAGCAUCAGAUUGGCUACAGGCGGUUAAUGAUCUCCCUUCCUUAUCGGAGUUACACUUGCGUGGCUGUGGACUUGUUAGUCUUCCUCAAACCAUUUACUCUCUUAACUUCACAGGGCUUUCUGUCCUUGAUCUCUCUUCCAACAAAUUAGACUCCCCAAUACCUCACUGGCUGUCAAAUCUGAGUGACCUUACAGUACUCAAUCUUGCCUCCAGCUCCCUUCGCGGUGUCUUUUCUGAUGCUGUAAUUUUUAAUCUACAUUCUUUACGUGAGCUUCAUCUUUCAGAUAACAUCCAACUUGAAGGUCAGUUACCAUCUAGUCUGGGAAACCUGACCAACUUGCGUAUAUUGGAUUUAUAUGGUAACUAUUUUAUAGGAGAGAUACCAAGCUCAUUUGCCAACCUUUGCCAAUUGCAAACGUUUGAUCUAAGGUCCAACAACGUAAGUGGGGAGAUAGUUGGGCUUGUGGAUGGUUUGUCUCAAUGUUCUACAUCCAACCUAGAAUCACUAUUUUUGAGUGACAAUAAAUUGCUUGGGGGUAUCCUGCCACACUCAUUGGGAGGGCUCGAGAAAUUGAAGACUAUUGACCUCGCGUCCUGUUCUUUUUGGGGCUCAAUUCCAUCUUCUGUUGGUAAAUUGUCAUCCUUGCAGCAACUUCUCCUUUCCGAAAAUCAAAUGAAUGGAAGCAUUUCAGAAACAAUUGGGAAUCUAUCAAUGCUGGUUUCCUUGAACUUGGAUUCCAAUUUUUGGGAAGGUGCCUUAACUAAAGCUCAUUUUCAGAAUCUCUCUCGAUUAGAAAGAAUGAUAUUGUCUGUUUCAGAAUCCACCAAAUGGACAUUGGUCAUAAAAGUAAAUCAUGAUUGGCUUCCUCCUUUUAAGCUUAAGCUACUCGGAUUAGAUAAUGUGUUGAUUGGACCACAGUUUCCAGCAUGGCUUCAAAAUCAAACGGAGCUUGUGACUCUUUUUCUUCACAAUGUUGGCAUUUUCGACACAAUUCCGCACGGCUUUUGGAAUUCCUGCUCAAAUAUUAUGGGUUUAUAUAUUGCAAAUAAUGGACUACGCGGACAGAUCCCUGAAAACAUAGGUGAACUAUUGCCCAAGUUGUCAUUGUUGGACUUCUCUUCAAAUUCUCUGACUGGUGGAAUUCCCUUUUCUAUUGGAAUGUUAAAAGAAUUGGAAGUUCUUUUUUUAAGAAACAAUUAUUUAUCUGGGGAACUCCCUCCUCAUUGGAAGAAUUUGUCAUCGUUAUCUGUAUUGGACAUUUCAAACAAUAGCAUAUCCGGCAAUUUUCCAAGCUCAAUGCAAUAUUUGAGUUCAUUAGAGCUGUUAUCAUUAAGCCAAAAUCAUCUUGAAGGGGAGCUUCCUUCCUUCUUUAGAUACUACACAGGCUUGAGAAGCCUCGAUCUUGGAGGAAACAAAUUUUUUGGAAACCUAUCGGCAUGGAUAGGAGAAAGCUUAUCAUCUUUAUUGAGGUUGAGACUGAGAUCUAACUCUUUUGAGGGGAGCAUACCUUCACAAUUAUGUUUACUUUCAGGUCUUCGGAUUUUAGACCUUGCAGACAAUUAUCUGUCAGGCGGAAUCCCUCCAUGUCUGGGGAACUUGAGUACUAAAACUAGCAAUGGUGAGGAUGAUGAUGAGGAUGAUGAGGAAAUGUUUGUGGUUAUGAAAGGUAAAGAAUAUCUAUAUGAUUCAAUUCUCUAUCUUGUUCAUUCUUUUGACCUUUCAAACAAUAAUCUAUCAGGAGAAAUACCUGACAAUAUUACAAGCCUAUCAAAGUUUAUCAACUUGAAUUUGUCUGUGAACCAUUUGAAUGGAAGAAUUCCUGAAAAUAUUGGGAAUAUGCAAGAUUUAGAAUCGCUUGAUCUCUCAAGAAAUGAGCUUUCUGGUCCAAUCCCUGAAAAUUUGUCUGCUUUGUACUUUUUAAGUCACUUGAAUUUGUCAUUCAACAACUUGUCGGGACAAGUGCCAUAUGGAAAACAGCUUCAAACAAUUUAUGACCCAUCUAUUUAUGAAGGUAACUAUCUACUUUGUGGCCCUCCUCUUCCGAACAAGUGUCCAGGCUCUGAAACUGAACCUAGAGGAUCACCGGGUGAGGGAAAUGGAGAAGAUGAUAGGGACGGAAAGGGAGUACUUGAUUCACCAAUAUCAUUCUACAUUAGUUUGGCAAUUGGAUUUAUUGUUGGAUUUUGGGUAGUUUGUGGGACUCUGAUUGUUAAAACUUCAUGGAGGCUAGCUUACUUUAGAAGCUUUGAUCAUAUGAAAGACAAGAUUUAUAUUUUCAUUAUGCUCAAAUUGGUUCCCUUUCUAAGGAGGAUCAACUUGGAGAGAAGAUGA